AUGGCACCAAAGAAACCAAGGGCACCAAAAGGACUAGGUUCUAUUCUAACAAGGAAGAAGUCCAAAUCCCGAAGCUCAACUACAAAACGAGCCAAAAUUAUCAGUGAAGAAGAACGCAUUGCGGGCCUUGCCCAAAUUGCCUCUCGGCUAGAAGCUUUUUGCAAGGAACGCCACACCUCACCUGACCCUCUUCCCAUUUUAGGAGGUAGAGACUCGGGUCAGGGGUCUGUUAAAUGUGGUGACACAACACUUGACCGCUACAGGUCAGUCUGGAAAGGAAUGCUUGAUUUUUGCAUUCUUAUUGGCGACUACACGUCUGGAAUCAUUCUCCGCCAGUCACAUUGCCCUGCAAAACCUCCACCAGUGUCGCUCAAAACUUGCAUCCUCUACAUGAGAUACCGUGUACUGCCUCCAGGUACAAGUGUUAUCAAUCCAGAUUCAACAACUGCUUUUGUGUAUGGCCCCAACAAGACAGAGCUCAAAGCUGUUGGCACCUGGACUGCAGAAUCCAUACUACCAAUUCGACUUGUUCGACUCAAUGUCGAAACUUCGUGUGCGCGAAAGAUCGCUCAACAGACUGGAUUUAUCGCUGAUAAACCGUUUUUGUCGCUUGCGACAUUCUCCAUUUAA